UCUCUCGGCGAUCGUUAACGAAGUAGCGUGCGCAACGGUCGGCUUUACUUUGCCUUGCACUUGUGUGUGUGUUUAUGAAUAUAUAUGUGUAUGUGUGCGUUUGCUACUGGCCUGAGCAGCAGCCGCAGCAGCUGAUGUGGAACAUGGCUCACAAAUUGACUGGCCAAUAAAUUAACAUAGGAGCUGAACAAGCCAAACCGAAAGUGUCACGACCAACAACAGCAGCAACAACAACAACAGCAGCAGCAGCGAGAGGCGACGUCGAGGAGCAACAGGCAACACACGGCAGCAGCAGCAACAGCAGCAGCAGCAACAAGUAGAACUUGAUAAACGUGUCGAUAGACAAUCGAAACAGAAUAUAAAUUGCAAGUGAAAUUUUUUUGAAAUAAAAGUAAAAACUCGCACAAACCGGAAACAAAGCAACUAGAAGAAGAAGAGGAGGAAGAAGAAGACGAAGCAGCAGCAGCAGCAGCACCAGCAGUAGAAGUGGAAGUCGAAGUAGUAGAGGCAACUUCCACUAACAUGUAUCGGCCGAAUUUCUACGAGUCGACCUGCCUGCGCUGCAGCGAGACCGUCUAUCAGGUGGAUCGUGUGGGUCCGCUCAAGGAUUUCACAUUCUUUCAUUCCGGUUGCUUCAAGUGCGUUCACUGCGGCACCAAGCUAACGCUCAAAACGUAUUUCAACAAUCAGCACAAGCAGGAUGACAAAGAGGUCUAUUGCAGUUCACAUGUACCAAAGAGCGGACCCGGUCAUCUCGAUCAGACGUCGGUGGGCAUACGUCAGGCACUGAAUGCGCCGCGCACAAACAAAUUUGUGAACGAGCAAAUACGCGGCACACGCACCGAAGUCGAUGCGAUUGCAGGUGGCAGCGCUGGUGGGCUGGGCUCGCGUCAAUCAACGCCCAACGGCUAUGGCGGCAGGGGGGAGUUGAGCUCCCCCUCCCAAAACGAUUCCGACUACAAAUACGGACGAUUCGAUGCCAGCGCUUUGCAUAUUGCGCAUGCGCUCAAGCAAACUGAAAUACAAAAGGCCUACAACAAAGCGCGCGAGAAGCCCAUCGAUUUUUACCUGGCUCGCGAGGAGCAGGCGCAUCUGGAGAUGAAGCACCGCAAGGAGGAGGACGAUCUGUACCGGAAGUUCGCACGCAAGCGCGAGGAGGAGGACCGCAAGAUACAGAGUGAGUUCCAGGACGAGUGGGAGCGCGAGCUGCAGCGGCUGACGCACAAGUUCGAGAAGGAGCUGGCCAUCUCGCGGCGCAAUCGGGAUGAGGCCAACAUCCUGACGCUGCGCCACGAGCAGCAGAAGGAGGACCUGGAGAAGAACAUGACGCUGCGCCGCAGCAAGAAGAAGGAGAGCAUCACGCGCAAGAUGCUGGAGCACGAGCGGUACGAGACGGCCGCCCUGGUGGAUCGCCAGUCCAGCGAGAUGCUGGAGCUGAUCAGCGCCCGCCGCUCCGAGUACAUGCAGAGCGAGAGCAUCUUCCUGGACGACGAGUUCAGCGAGGGCACCGUGCCCAUUGAGUACCCGCUGCAUGCUCCGGUGCCGGCGCCGCCAGCUGUCAGCAAGUUUCAGAUCUACACGGAUCCCAUUGAGUUCGAGGACGUGGACCGCAUCGCCAUUUCGGUGGCCCAGGAGGACCAGAAGACCUUCACGGAUCUGGUGCGCCAGCUCGUCGGCCGCUGCACCACGGACAUCGAGAAGGCGCGCACGAUCUUCCGCUGGAUCACGGUGAAGAACCUGAAUGCCAUGCACUUCGACGACGACCUGAGAGGCGACACCCCCAUGGGCCUGCUCCGUGGCAUCAAAUACGGCACCGAGAGCUACCACGUGCUCUUCAAGCGCCUCUGCAGCUACGCCGGCCUCCACUGCGUGGUCAUCAAGGGCUACUCGAAGAGUGCCGGCUACCAGCCGGGCGUCAAGUUCCAGGACUCGCGCUUUCGCAACUCCUGGAACGCCGUCUAUGUGGCCGGCGCUUGGCGCUUCGUCCAGUGCAAUUGGGGCGCACGACAUCUGGUCAAUGCCAAGGAGGCGCCCAAGCAGGGGCGUGGCAAAAAUGAUAGCCUACGCUAUGAGUACGACGAUCACUACUUUCUCACGGAUCCGCGCGAGUUCAUCUACGAAUUCUACCCGCUGCAGGAGGAGUGGCAGCUGCUGAAGCGGCCCAUAACGUUGCGAGAGUUCGAGAAUCUUCCGUUCGUGCGUUCGCUCUUCUUUCGCUACGGCCUGCACUUCGCCGACGAGGGCUACGGCGCCGUUGUGUUCACGGACGAUACGGGCGCUGCGACCGUACGGAUCGCCAUGCCCACGGACAUGCAGAGCUGCCUGAUCUUUCACUAUAACCUCAAGUUCUACGACAGCGACGAGGAGCUCUCCUACGACGGCGUCUCGCUCAAGCGGUUCGUCAUGCAGUCCGUCAUUGGCAACAUUGUGGCGUUCCGUGUGCAUGCGCCCUGCUCGGGCGCCUUCCUCCUGGACAUCUUUGCCAAUGCGGUGACGCCGCAGGAGUACCUAACGGGCGAGCCCAUGAAGUUCAAGUCUGUCUGCAAGUUUAAGAUCUGCUGCGAGGAGCUGCAGACGGUAAUGGUGCCGCUGCCGGAUUGCGCCAGCGGAGAGUGGGGACCCACCAAGGCGACACGCCUCUUUGGCCUGAUACCCAUAACACAUCAGGAUCCUCUAAUCUUUGCCGGCCGCAGCCUGGACCUGCAGUUCCGCAUGUCACGUCCGCUGACCGACUUUAUGGCCACACUGCAUAAGAAUGGCAUCGAGGAGAAGAAGCUGGCCAAAUACGUGACGCACAGCACGCUGGAUGACAUUGUCACAUUCAUCAUUAACUUUCCCGAGGAAGGUCAAUAUGGUCUGGAUAUCUACACACGUGAGCUGGGCGCUCCGCAGCAUCUUUACAACAAUAAUAACAACUCCUCAUCCGGCGAGAAGCAUCUGCUCACGCAUUGCUGUAAAUAUUUAAUAAACUCCUCCAAAAGGAAUUGAAACAAGAACGAAAUGCAAUAUUAAUUCAUAGUCUAAACGUUAAGCAGUUACUAAACUAAACAAUAUUGAUAUACGAUAUAUCAAAAAUAAUUAUAUAUACAUAUAUAUAGUUGCAUCUAUAUAGACGAGGGUAGACUGAACAAGAAUCAAGUUAGCAAGCUAGAUUUUUGUAUAUUUUUGUUAGCUUACAAAGUGCUUAGACUGCCCUCGUAGAACCUUAUAUAAUAUAUAUAUAUUUUGCACCACUGUGCAGGUGCUAUAAUAAUACCAAUCAUCUAUAUAUUAUUUAUAUAUAUAUAUCUUGUAUAUCCUGCUCAACAUUUGUUAAUCCACACUUGGCUUCAUCAUAUAGAUAUAGAUAUAUAACAUUUAUAUACAUAUAUGAAAUUGAAUCGAAUUGAAACAUGUAAAUACUCUAGACUCUAAUCAUUAGACCUUAAAUUAUAUAGUAAUAUCUGAGCAAUCGCCGUUUUUUGUACUUAAUUUACCUUAAUUAAAGCCUAAUAAUUUAUUA